AUGUUCCACUCGCACUCAAGCUAUACCCCCAAGCGGCCAUCACAACACAAGGCCUCACACCCCACCACCGCCCCACCACCCAUGCCCAGCUUCACCGCCAUCAUCGACGCCGACCACGAUGCCAUCAACGCCGCCGCCGUCCGCCUAGCGCGCCUCCUACGCAGCCCCGCUCCCACCUCCACCACCCCCGAGGACCUGCACGCCAUCCGCCGCCGCCAACUCGCCCUCCUCCACGACGUCACCUGGCGCCUCGUCCGCCACGACCUCUCGGAGGAGCUGGUGAUGCGCCCCGCCUUCAUACGACACAUGGGCCCCAUCGCUGGCCGCGAAGCCGCCGAGCACGAUCGGCAGGACCACGAGAACGCGCGACGCACGCUGCUGGAGCUGUACGCUGCGUUCGAAGCGUGCGCGGUGGGCGACGCGCAGACCGCCGGCGUCCUGACGGAGCGGUACCUGGCGCUGCUGGCGGAGCUGGCGGAGCACAUGAAGAGAGAGAGCGGCGAGGAGAUGCCGGCGCUGGAGGCUGGAUUGGGGAGGGAGGAGAGCGUCGAGUUGGGCCGGAGGUAUAUGGAGACGUUGGUGGUGACGCCGGAGUUGGUGCUGCGGGGGAGGAGGGUGUUCAGGGACGUGGGUGACUUUGUGCACGCGUCCAAGCAGAGUUUGUUGCAGGUGUGGGCGGAGGUGCAGAGGGAGGAGCAGAGGAGGAGGGGUGGGAGGCUGUAA